AGCGGGGCGGGCAUCUGGGGGCGGGGCCUGUAGCGCCUGCGCAGGAGCUUGUGGCGUCAAAGUGCCCGCCGUGUCCAUGGAGAGAAGCUGAGGCCCCACGCUCCAGCCCGAGGCUGCGGGCGCUGCGACGUGGACAUGUCGGCGUCGUUGGUCCGCGCCACCGUGCGGGCCGUGAGCAAGAGGAAACUGCAGCCCACGCGGGCGGCGCUCACGCUGACCCCCUCUGCUGUGAACAAGAUAAAACAACUUCUUAAAGACAAGCCUGAGCAUGUUCAGAGGUUCAGUCAGUUAUCAUCAAGGCAGGAACAUGGCAGCAUCCAGGCAGGCCUGGUGGAAGAGGAGCUGACAGUUCUACAUCUUCAUCUGAAGGCUGACUUCCUGGCAGCUAGAUAUCAUUUACCGACUGUUGGUGAAGUGAGCCAGGCCCAGGGUUCUGGACCCGGAUGCAUGACUUACUGUGUCCACAGAGGAUCCGUCCCGCAUACAGGGGGCAUUAUGUAACCGAGUUACAUAUCACCAAGUUUAAGAGAAAAGGAGGGCUGGGCGUGGUGGUGCACGUCUGUAAUCCCAGCACUUGGGAGGCAGAGGCAGGAGGAUUUAUGAGUUUGAGGCCAGCCUGGUCUACAGAGUGAGUUCCAGGACAGCCAGGACCACACAGAGAAACCCUGUCUCAGAAAAAAAGGGGGCGGGCAAUAAUGGGGAUAAAUAUCAAAGGUUGCUUUUUUUCCUUUAAAUUUGAUUUUAUUCUAUGUGCAGGUAUCUGUAUUACUGUGUGU